GAAGAAGCAUCAACAUCAUGGGCGAGAAACACAUCCCAGAGCAUCUCUAUCACGUUCUCUUUACCACAUCCCAUAUCCACAACAACCCAUUCAAUGUUGUUGAAAAAGUGCGAGUCCCAGGAACAUACAUCUCUCUUUCGGCGGCCAAGGCAGCCGCGCAUAGCUGCCUUUUUGAUGCCGGUUACGAACAGGAAUGGUUUGAGACCUACGAGAGCAGAGCAAGUCAGACGGAUAAAGAAACUAGCGUCUCAAGACUUGCAAGCGAAGCGGGUCUGAUGGUUUAUGCGAAGGCUCCCGAUGGAACAAUCUUCCGAGUCCGGAUCAGAAACACGCCCAAUGAUGCUGGAUUGACGAGUGACCUCCCAGAUGGCCGAGUCUCUGUGCCACUGUACUACGUUAUCCAGGCCAGCGUGGAGUACAGCGGUGAUGAAGGGAGUCUGAUGCGAGAUAUCGAUGUUCAGCAUACCUCCACCUCAUACGAAAAGGCAAGGGAGCUUGCGAGUAAGGUGUUGCUCUCUCCUGCGGAUGGAAUCACAAAGGAAAGCUUUGCGGAGUAUAGCGAGGCGGGGCCCAACGAGACAGACUGUGGGUAUGGGGAAAAUGUCAUUGUACACGCUGCAUCAGACUAUGGGACCAAUUAUCUCGUGUCUGUCGUCAAAACCCAGGAGCUGAAAGCUGUGAGUAUAGCUGAGGCCGCAAUGCGGAUUCGUUAAGAACCCAGCCAAUGCCUGUAUGGGGCUUGUCGUGUUCAUAUUAUCUUCUCGAUUGUACUAUGUACUGUGUAAUUGUGUUGUUUUAGGGCCGGUUGAGAAAUUCCUGUUCUCAGAGUCGAACAUGCCGCUGGCAUGGAUCAUAUUUAUUGGCAUUCAGGUCUUUCGUCAGAACUACAUCAAGUUCCUAAGUCGGA